GCGUCUCCACAGCGACUCUGACAGCCCCCGGACCCGGACGUGUGACCCUCGCUACUCGCGCAGCCGCCGCGGCCUCCACGGCGGCCCCAGUCAGUCUCUCGCCUCGGCGCCCACAUCCGGGGACAGUCCGUCCCGCGGUCGCUGCGGAGGCCGCAUCUGGAGCGCAUCUGGAACCGCCCGGCCCGCCGCCCUGGAGCCCGCGCCCGCCCUGGCCCGGCCGCGCCGGGAGCCCUGCCCGGAGCUGGAGCCGCACCUGGAGCCUCGGGCCCGGGGCCCUGAGCCGCGCAGCCGGCGCAUGAUGAACUCGCUGCUGUUCGGAGAGAUGGCCUUGGCCUUCGGCUGCCCGCCGGGCGGCGGCGGCGGCGGGAGCUGCCCCGGCGGGGGCGGCGGCGGCGGCGGGGCCGGACCGGGACCGUCGCCCGUGACGGCGGCGCUGCGGGACGACCUGGGCUCUAACAUCCACCUCCUGAAGGGGCUCAAUGUGCGCUUCCGCUGCUUCCUGGCCAAGGUGCACGAACUGGAGCGGCGCAACCGGCUGCUGGAGAAGCAGCUGGAGCAGCAGCAGAGCGAGCGCGAGCGGCGGCUGCGCUACAAGACCUUUUCCCGCGAGCAGGCGGUGCAGACCGGGCCCGAGCUACUGCGGCCGCCGGCAGCUGCCGGCGGGCAAGCUAACGGCAUCGCGGCCGCCGGAGCCAACGCCAACGCUGUGGCCCUGGGCGGCCUGCCCCCCGGCGGCGGCUCGCAGCCGCAGUACUACGGCCGCCUGCCCGGGACCAUCUGGAGCUACACGCAGGUACGGCGCACGGGCGGCGGUGGCGUGGAGACCGUGCAGGGCCCCGGCGUGUCGUGGGUGCACCCCGACGGCGUGGGCGUGCAGAUCGACACCAUCACGCCUGAGAUACGCGCGCUCUAUAACGUGCUGGCCAAGGUGAAGCGCGAACGAGACGAGUACAAGCGGAGGUGGGAGGAGGAGCUUGCCAAGCGCAUGAACCUGCAGACCAUGGUGGACACGCUACAGGAGGCUGCGCAGGAGGCCGAAGCCAUUCAGGAGGAGAUGAACGAGAAGAUCGAGAGACUCAAGGCUGAGCUGGUGGUGUUUAAGGGGCUCAUGAGUGAUGUGGUCCCCAAAAAGAAAGAGCGUAAGGUGGCUCCAGACGAUGACAUCUCCGAGCAGGAUGGGGAAGUGAACCGGUUCUCUGAUGACGAAGUGGGCUCCAUGAAUAUAACAGACGAGAUGAAACGCAUGUUUAACCAGCUGCGGGAGACCUUUGAUUUUGAUGACGACUGUGACAGCCUGACCUGGGAGGAGAAUGAAGACACGCUGCUGCUCUGGGAGGACUUCACCAACUGCAAUCCCACCAUCGACCUACAGGGAGAGCAAGAGGAAAACUUGGGCAACUUGAUCCAUGAGACUGAAUCCUUCUUCAAGACGAGAGACAAGGAGUACCAGGAGACGAUAGGCCAGAUAGAGCUGGAGCUGGCCACGGCCAAGAGCGACAUGAACCGACAUCUGCACGAGUACAUGGAGAUGUGCAGCAUGAAACGGGGCCUGGACGUGCAGAUGGAGACCUGCCGCCGGCUCAUCAAAGGCUCAGCAGACAGGAAUUCACCAUCCCCCAGUUCCGUGGCCAGCAGCGACUCAGGAAGUACAGACGAGAUCCAGGAUGAGUUCGAGCAUGAGGCGGAUGUGGAGCCCAUGGUCAGCUGAUGACUGAGACCCCCUGUGCCUGGUGGUCUUGGUGAUGGGGCCCCUGCACCCCCUCCCUCCCCAUGGGGCCGAGAAGGCUUCCUGGAAUGGGGCUGCAGACCUCACCAUGUAGACUUCCUCUGCCUCCCUCUCUGGAGGCCCCGAGGGACCGCUGCUUCCUUCCUUCCUUCCUUCCCUCCUUCCUUCCUUCCACCCCCCACCAACCAGUGCCCCUUCUCCAUCUACCCACCCACCCACGGAAUGGUGCUGUCAAUUUCUAUUGUUCUCCACGUUACAAAUGCAGACUUCUGUCCGGACGAGGCAGUGUUAACUGUGCCUUUUCCCUGAAGCUGAGCCACUUUGAGCUCCAAAGAAUUACUCCUAGCAGGUGUUUUUAUACAAAACUCUAGGGUGAGGGCGGGGCCCCCCUGGCAUGGUAUACUUGCGGUCUUCUACCCUCCCACCUGCUCCUCUGACUGGCCAUGAGCUAUGCCGUCCCCUCCUCUUCCUGCCACCGCUGACCGAGCUGGGCUUGGGGUGGUCCACUGCGCCCCCAGGAAGGAGCUGCUUGCCUUUGCAACCUUGCCAGGCCUGGGUGGGGGCCUCCCAAGUGUUUUUCUUAUCAAAAGAGGGAAAAGGUGGAAGGAGGUAGGGAAAACAAAUUUUUCUUUUCUUUUUGGAUCAAAUGGCAAAGCGGAGGGACAAGGCACUGUGGGGGAAAGCGGAGCCUCACUGUGUUUAAACUACUAUGCAAAAAACAAAACAAACAAAAAGCAGCUUGCCUUAUCGUUGUGGAAGGAAGGCCCUUCUCCCAGACUCCUGGCUGCCGGUGGAGCUGAGAGGGAGGCUGAGGCUAAGGUGAUCUCUCUUGCAGCCUCUGAGGGUGCGCACUGACUGGAGAGGGCAUCCUGUCCUGGUCGGUGGUGAGGCCUGGGUCCUGCAAGGCCCUCGGCCCGCCUGACCGCUUGCGUUCUUGGGACCUCUGUGGGUUGGGGGGUGGGGGGUCUUUUAUUGCCCUGACGACUUGAUGUUUCUCGCCCCCUUUCCAGCCAACAAUAAGAGGUUAUAGAUCUGUAAUUUCUCUGUGAGAAAGUCUGGAGGGGGCCGGGCCUGGUGUGGAGCUGGGUUAGUUCUGCCUGCUGCCAUCUUGGUUCUCCACUGCCCCGCCGCCCGUUUGGCCCCUGGCGGGCAUUGGAAAGGGAAGAGGAGGGGAGCCGCAAGGGCUGCUGGCAGGUUGGAGGCGGUGGGAGCAGAGCUGGAGUGAGAAUCAGCCUUGUUCUGCUCGUGGACAUAUGCAAACCUCUUCCUAUAAUUCACGUGAUUGACCGACCAGCCGGGGAGUUAAUCUGAGCCAGUACCUCCCCAAGACUUCAGUGGACCCCUGUUGAAGGGCACCCCGUUGAGGCCACCCGCCAAAUCUCAGCUUGGAGUCAGACCAGCGGGCUUUGAUUAUUUUGGUGUUGUUUUGUUCGUACCCACUACUGUGGGUGCCAUGCUUUGUUUUUGUUGGUCCAGAAGCGCCCCUGGAGGUCAGAGAGGCAAAAUGUGCCCAAGAAUCAGAACUUAACCACCUGGGGUCUGUGUCUGGAGGAGGGGCUCUAGCUUCCAGUGAGUGGGUGGCCCUGUCUUUCCUCUUUGGGGUGCCAGUGACCUGUAAGGGCUUCUCUCUCUUCCAUUUCCCCCACUUGUUUUGUUGACAUGAAACCAUUGUACAUAAUACUUAUCCAGUAUAUGUAUAUAUAUGGAGAGAGAGAGAGAGAGGGAGAGUGUGUUAGUGACGGUAUGUAAUUUUUUAUUUAUCAGAAGUUGAUGGCCUUUAUGAGUUUUUCCUUUUUGUUGUUAUUGUUGGGGGAACUUCCUACUGGUUCCCUGUGGCCGUCUGGCUGAGAGGCCUCCGUCCCCAGCGUCUCUUACUAGCCAAGCAGUCCUGUGGUAGGUACGUGGAGGGACAUGGUUUCGGAGGAGAGACCGCCUUUCCCCCUCCUCCUUACCGACUCUUGUUCUAAGGGUUACAGGGUUCAAACAUACCUGAUUAUUAUUGUCAUUAUUGUUAUUGUUUUAGUUUUAGUUUUAUUUUAACCAAAGGUUAUCAGAGCCAGUAGGCUUGGACCUCAGCUGCUUAAAAGAUUUUCCGUUUGCAGGACGGCCCCAUGGGCCUCCUCUGUCCAGGGCUGCGGGAGGCAUCGAAUGGUGCAGUUUGGGAGGCAGAGUGGAACCCAGCCCUAGGUUGUUCUAAGGUGGUGGGAGGGUGAUAGACCGAAAUUUAGGGUUAAGACAGUAAGGCAACAGUGUAUUUGCAGGUAACCAAGGUGACCGUGGCAGUUGGUGUCCAGUGGUAUUAUUUUUGCUCUCCCCCUCUUAUACAUAGGACAUUAUCUUUGGGGACUGGGGUCCUCUGAACUUGUCCAUGGAGUAUGUAAAUGGCAGGAGCCAAGACAGAGGCUGGCUAAAAGCUCCUUCCUGCUGGUUUUUAAUAGCUGUUCUCCCCUGGGGAGCAAGGAUUUGGGGCAGGUGGUGGGGCGGGGGGUCUGAGGGGACAGCAAGGGAAUGACCCACCUGCUUUCUGAGCAGAGUCCUGGGUCCUGGUCUGGCUGCCCCUGUCCCCACCAAGUUCUUUUGUGAGUCAAAAGAACUUGUCCCCUCGCCAUGAGCCCACAGCUUGCCAAGAAAGACCCCAACACUCGCUGGGGCAGCACCAGUCGGGAUGAACUGGUCCAUCCUCUGUAAAGCUGUAAAUACUUAAUUUCCUAUUUCUAAGCCCAGUGUCAUAUUGACAUUGGUAUUUUAGAAUUGUUCUCAGAUGGGCUCUCCUGUGCUGCCCUCUCUCACUCUCCUAUUUUUGGGGGUUUUAUAAGAAGAGGAUUGGGGAGGGGCAAGGAGAGCAGCUUCCUUUUGGCUCCCUGGUUGUGGGACACACGCACACAUGUACACGCACACACUCACACCAUCACUCACUCACUCCUCUGAGACUCUGAACUGGGAAAAAAGCCCUUGGCAAGUAAAUGCAUUUUAUUUUCCUGUGGGAAUAUGUCUUGAGGUCUCUGAAGGGCCAGACCCAAUGGACUUAGCUCUGGGGGUGGAGCUCAGAUGACCUACGGACAAUCAAACCACUACGGCUUGGGAUGGGGGGAGAGGGCCAUGGGUAGGGGUACUAUAAGGUGUAACUUAAGCUAAAUGUAAUCUAUUUAUAAAGCAAGAGACUCUCAUCUAUUUUUAUGAAAGGAAAGGUUUUGUACUCUAGGGUAGGCAGUGGUGGGAACCCAGCGUUUUCCUGUGGACAAGAUGCAUGUUGCUCCUGGAUUUCAUAUAUCAGUGCACCUCCCCGUCGCUCCCUGGCCGCCCUGCCCGCUCAUCCUCACCCCUGAGCGGCUUCAGCAGAGUGUGCAACCCACCCAUCCCCAUCCCUGUUCCCCGACCCCCCAGCUUGGUCCUUGGAAGUCUUGGAGGGGUGCUUGUGGGAGCAGGUGGGCAGCAGGGAAUUCUGAAUUGGGUGGGUGGGGGGAGGAGAUGGGGGCACUCAGGACAGGACAAGCUGUACGUCGGAGGGUGGGUUCUGAUUGUUCCUCGAACUCUGGUUUGCUGAGAUCCAUUCAAGUCAGCUGUGUCUGGGAGAGAACUGAGAAACAGCAGCAUGUGGGUGGCUAUGAACCACUGGUUCAGGAGGCACAUGGCUUGCUUGGAGGUUGGGUCCUACCGGAUCCCAGGUUGUCGGGCAGCUGGAGCAAGACUGGAAGUGCCCAGAGGUGCCAUAGCCCAGCCCUGGCGGUGCCUACUCCAGGCCGAGGCCUGGGCUGCUGGCUGUGAUGUGCCCCUCCAGGGCCCUGGAUGAGGAACUGGGGUACUGGGGGCUUCCACAGACCUGGGUCCCCCUCCCUGAGACACCAAGCUCUGGUUCUGGAGCGGGGAGUCUGGAGGCAGCCAGGUGGGUGUAAAUAAAGGCAAAUUCUCUCUGGAAGGGAAUUUCCCAUGGGUGGAAGGUUUCUGGGCUCAAGGUGGAUUGUGUGUAGGUCUUGGGAAAAUCCCUUACCAUUCCUGCUGUCAAGCCCUCAAAGAAAUGAAGCAAAGGCACCCUGCCCCCCAAGACCCCUUUGUGGACAUUUUAGCACUGACCUGAUUUUUAGCCCCAUCCAGAGAGACUUUCUAUCGCGUGCCCCAUCCCACCCCACUGUUGCUGUCUGUCUGCCAGCUGGGUCUAAUGUAAAGGGAAAGGGUUCGGGGUGGGGGGAUGUUUCUACUCAUUGAAAGACUACUGAUCCUACCGGAAACCAACCUGUUUACUGUACUGUUGUAAAUAUCAUGCCCUUUAUAUCCUGUAUAUUGGCUUCUUUUAAAUAAAGUGAAAUGUCUUAGAA